AUGUUGAAGUCAAGACACGAGACAAUAAACACUACUCCUACAAAGGCAUCUCACUUAAUCAAUGUUUACAAUCAUGAUUCACCUCAGAAGUCAACGAAUUGUUUUGGAACACCCAUUGAAAUCAUACCUAAUAAAUUAUUCUGGGUUUCAGACUCUAAACCACCUCAAAAUUACUCAUCAGCAUACUUUUUCUGCAUCGAUAAUGAUCUUCAAUACUUCCCAUUUAAUCAAGAUUUUGGUCCAUUGAACCUUGCUAUGAUGCACAGAUAUGUCAGAGAAUUAGCAAGAUUGUUAUAAGAAGAUUCCUACAAACAAUACAAAAUCUUCCACUACUGCUCGAGCAAACCGGAAAAAUUGGCAAACUCAGCUUUCUUAAUGGGAGCAUUUAUGGUCAUCAUCCUCAAAAUGAGUCCAUAAGAGGCCUUCGAAAAAUUCAAGCUUUAUUAAAAUCAAUUCAAACCAUUCAGAGAUGCAUCAAAAGGUGAAUGCUACUACGAGUGCACUAUUCUUCACUGUCUUCAAGGAUUGGAACAGGGAAUUAAACACAACUGGUACAACUUCAAGACUUUCAAUGUCAAGGAGUAUGAAUUCUAUGAAAGAGUAGAUAAUGGAGACUUGAAUUGGAUCAUUCCAGGAAAAUUUGUAGCCUUUAUGGGACCAAUCGAUAAAAGAGAGGAAAAUCAGAGAUCAGGAUUCACUCCAGAGGAGUAUUGUGACAUAUUUAAGCUUUGGAACGUUAAAAAAGUUAUCAGACUCAAUGAAGCAAAAUACGACAGAACUAAGUUUAUCAAGAAUGGAGUAUCUCACACAGAUUUGUUCUUUGUUGAUGGAUCAAACCCAUCUGAUGAAAUAGUAGAUGAAUUCAUGAAUAUUUGUGAAAGACAUUUCCAAACACCAAACUCUGGAGCUAUAUCUGUGCACUGUAAAGCUGGUCUCGGUAGAACUGGUACACUUAUCGGUUUAUAUGCAAUGAAGCACUAUUAGAUUCCUGCUGAAUAGUUUAUUGGAUGGAUUCGUAUAGCCAGACCAGGUUCAGUCCUAGGACCUCAAUAGUUUUUCUUGCUAUAAAAGGAAUCUGAUUACGUUAGAAAUAAUCACUCUCUAUAUAAGAAAUCUAUGUCACUGAAGAUGGAGGACAUGAGUCCAAUUGACAGACUAAAGUCAGUCAAAGGUGAAGCAUUCCAAGGCAACUAUCUUGUAAGUGCCAAAGAGCGCAACUCAGAAAAGAAAUAUAGAGGCUAACACACAAGCAACUCAAGACCAAGCCGAGGCUCUUAUGCUAACUCAACCUCAAAAGCUGAUCUCAGAGCUAAUCUAAAUUUCUGA